AUGACACGUUACGGCUUUCAAGAUCUUUGGAUGAGCAUCGCAGAAAGUUGGAAUCAUGGGGUAAACUCUCCAGUUCAAAGUGAUGCCAUAGCUUCUGUCUGCAAUGCCAUCUCAAACAUCAACCCCAGUUCCAGCCAUGUGCCUGUGAUGCGCAGCCGGGAACCGUGCGGCACGGACAGUCAGGUGUCAGAUGGAGACAAAGCUGGUGCCACGUUGCUAUUCUCUGGAGCUUUCUUGACCCUAGUUGGCAUGACAUUCACAGCCAUGGGUUGGACAAAGUACAAUGUCAACCAAAGCUAUGAAUGGACACAGUUGCUGGGACCCAUACUGCUGUCAGUUGGAGGUAUGUUUGUGCUCAUAAGCGUCUGCAAAUUCCGAAUGCUCAUCUGCCAGUCCUGUAAGCAGAAUGAUGUGGAAAGGACAUGUGAAAUAGACCCUCUGCCGCCCCUGUCGGGAACGUCGUUUGUCUUCACUGGACUUCAUCAACCCAUUACCUUCCACAGGGCCACGGUAGUCCAGUACAUCCCACCACCGUAUGCCUCUUUAAGUCAGGUCCCUGCUGAUGGUUUGCAUUCUGGUCACCCGCCGCUGGCAUUUUCAGUGAGCCCCCCGCCACAGUAUUACAGUGUGUUUCCCAAGGAGAACCUUGCUGCUUCUGGUGAAUUUGACAGCUCCACAGUGGAACAAAGGGAAAGCAGCUGCUCAAUGGAAGAGGAAGAUAAGAAAGCGAUCACAGCAGACAACUCCUCCUCUCCACCUGCAUAUGAGCAACUUUUGCCACCUCCUCAAACGUUUCAGUUCAGCUGUCACAAAUUAUGUUCGCCUGCCCAGCUGUCAAAACAGGGGUGUGUUUUCCUCUUUGCACCCGAUAUACUACCAAAAAAAGAGAGACUGGGAGAUACGGGGGGCGGGGGUAUUGGGGUCAAAGAGGAAAAGAGAGGGAGAGAGAUAGAAAGUUUCCCUGUCCUGAUGGAGGUCCCAGCCAGACCAACAAGCAGUAAUCCGGCCUCGUUGAAGAGGCCCACUGGGCCCCAUGGUGCUGCUCGUCCGUGGGACUCUCAGGCUUUCAUCUCAAUGCGAGGCUGGAGUUGA